AUGAUUGGUGAAACACAUCCCAAUCAAACUGAAUUUAUUUCCUUAGCAAGCAGAUUUAAUCCAAAUAAAAAUGGAAAAAAUACAAAUAAAGAAACAUUAACAUGGCUUGAAUUAUAUGCAUAUGAUGUUGCAAUAUUAGUAUAUAAAUCACAACAAUUAACCAUAAGAGAAGAAUCUGAUGAAUUCGGACGAUAUGCUCAAGCUGAUAUGACUAAUUUUAUGAAUAAUAAUUUAGAUUUUGUUUUAGGUACUCAUGAAUGUUUAACAUUAUAA